GAGACCAUCCCUCAUAAGAGCGUCUGACAAGACAGCGAAGUUAAAUAAAAAAAGUCUCUUACAACAUUUCCUAUAUUCUUGGAUUUUUCGAGUCUUUCCAUUUUCUCUCUUUUUCGAUCUCUAUAACGAUGAUGAGUCGCGGUGGAGCCAAGGUGGCCUCGUCGCUGCUAAAGUCUGCUCGGCCACGGUUGUUCUCAACCGCCUCUACGAGUACGAUCCGUUCCAUGUCUCACGAGACAAGCCAUCUCUUGAAACCUGCGGCUGCAGAUCUAGCUAGCGUGAACACUUGGAUCUGGAGUGGAACUGGAGGCGUGCGAUUCGCUAGCACGGCUAGUUUAGGAGAGAAAACUCCGAGUCAAGAUGAGAAGCCGAAGAAAACAGAGGACGAAUCAUCCACCGGAGGUAACAAAGGAAUCGCUAGCUAUUGGGGUGUUGAACCGAGUAAGAUCACCAAAGAAGACGGUACUGAAUGGAAGUGGAACUGCUUCAGGCCUUGGGAGACGUAUAAAGCUGAUUUGACGAUUGAUCUGUCUAAGCAUCAUGUUCCAACUACGUUUCUUGACAGAUUAGCUUAUUGGACCGUCAAAUCUCUUCGCUGGCCGACCGAUCUCUUCUUCCAGAGGAGAUACGGGUGCAGAGCUAUGAUGCUCGAAACUGUAGCAGCAGUGCCCGGAAUGGUUGGAGGAAUGUUACUCCACUUUAAAUCUCUCAGACGCUUUGAGCAAAGCGGAGGAUGGAUCAAAGCCCUUCUCGAGGAAGCAGAGAACGAGAGGAUGCAUCUCAUGACUUUCAUGGAAGUCGCUAAACCCAAAUGGUACGAGAGAGCUCUUGUCAUCACUGUCCAAGGAGUCUUCUUCAACGCUUAUUUCCUCGGUUACCUAAUCUCUCCCAAGUUUGCUCACCGUAUGGUUGGCUACCUUGAGGAAGAAGCAAUCCACUCGUACACUGAGUUUCUCAAGGAGCUUGACAAAGGUAACAUUGAUAAUGUCCCUGCUCCGGCUAUUGCUAUUGAUUACUGGAGGCUUCCUGCUGAUGCAACCCUUCGUGACGUUGUCAUGGUGGUCCGUGCUGACGAGGCGCAUCACCGUGAUGUUAACCAUUUUGCCUCUGAUAUUCACUACCAAGGUCGGGAGCUAAAGGAAGCUCCAGCUCCAGUUGGAUAUCAUUGAGUUUAGCUAUAUCUUUUUGAAUAAGAAGACUUUGUUUUCUCAAGUUUUAAACUUUGUUAUAAAGAAAUUUGGAAGAGUAUAUGGCCUCUUCUUUCACUUGUAUAUAAGACCACCUCUACUAAAGCCAGACUUUGGAAUCGACUUGCAUGAAUGUUAUAUUUGCUACAAAUAUUCUGUUUUUUUUUCACUUGAAAGUUAUAUUAUUAUUGCACGACUUGAGAUUUA